UUCAUAACCUUUUGAAGCGUUUGAGCGGCAGGGAGCCUGUUGUUGUUUGGCGCCAAUGUUGCCGUACUCCGAGUUGGUUGUUUGAUUUUGGUUCUGAUUGUUUUAUCCAGUGACAAUUGCUGUACAAAUGCGAUGAAGAGUUAGAUUUGAUGUAUCGUACGUGUCUGGAGAUACAGUUAACGUUAAAAUGCACAUCAAGUCAAUCAUUUUGGACGGCUUCAAGUCCUAUGGCCAAAGGACUGAAGUCAAUGGAUUUGAUCGUGAAUUCAACGCAAUUACAGGCUUGAACGGUAGUGGUAAAUCCAACAUUUUAGAUUCCAUUUGCUUUGUGCUUGGUAUAACCAACCUUGGACAGGUACGUGCUGGUUCUUUGCAAGACUUAGUGUACAAAAGUGGUCAAGCUGGUAUCACGAAAGCUAGUGUGACUGUCAAGUUCGACAAUACAGACAAAUCCUGUGGUCCACUUGGAUAUGAGCAGUACGAGGAGAUCACAGUAACUCGACAAACUAUUGUUGGAGGAAAAAACAAAUAUCUCAUCAAUGGAACCAAUGUGACCAACAAACGAGUCAUGGACAUGUUUUGCUCAGUACAGCUUAAUGUUAACAACCCUCACUUUCUUAUUAUGCAAGGGAGAAUUACAAAAGUUCUCAACAUGAAACCUCCAGAGAUUUUAUCCAUGGUGGAAGAAGCUGCGGGAACACGCAUGUAUGAAGGAAAGAAACAAGCUGCCUACAAAACCAUUGAAAAGAAGGAUGCUAAACUUCAUGAACUUGAUGAGAUAAUUGCUCAAGAUAUUGGCCCACGACUUCAGAAGCUGAAGGACGAUCGUUCUCAUUAUUUAGAAUACCAGAAAGUACAAAGGGAGGUUGACCAUCUUUCUCGCAUCUAUAUUGCCUGGAAGUUCCAGUCAGCUCAGAAAGCCAGUAAAGAUCUCCAGAAAAGUCUGGAUGAAGCAGACACAACUAGGCAAAGAAGGGAGCAAAACAUGAUUGAAGGACAAGAAGAAAUAAAAAGGCUCAACAGUGAAAUAGAAAGAAUAACAGCUAAAAUUGGAGAAGAGGAGGGUAGUAAUCUUGGUAACUUGGAGAAAGAGCUUAAAAAGAGAGAAAAGGCAGAGGCUGAAAUAAUUGCCCUCAUAAAAUCGCAUAAAGACACUCUAACAACUCAAACGAAAAGAAGGAAACAAUUGGAAAAAAGUCUCAAAGAGGAUGAACAAGUUCUUGCCCAGAAAGAGUCCGACAGAUCCAAGACUGGCUCAAAGUUUUCUUCUCUGAAAGAAGCUGAAGCUGCUGAUGCUGAAGCAUUUGCUGCAGCCCAGAGAAAGUACCAAGCUGUGAGUGCUGGCCUACUGUCCAGUGAUGAUGGAGCUGAUGCUACUCUGCAGGAGCAGCUCAUGAGUGCUAAACAAGCUGUGUCAACUGCAAGUACGGAGAAAAAGCAAAGUGAAAUGGAAUUAGAACACAUAAAGAGUGAAUUGGUUAAAAAGGAGAAGCUUUUGAAUGAAAAUUCUAAAACAUACUCUAGUGAUGUGGCAGCUCUAGCUAAGAUGGACAAAGAAGUUGCAACAAUUGCUGCGGAGUUGUCUAAAAUCCAGUAUGAAGAUGGAACGAAUGAAAGACUUGAAGAACAACGUGCUGAUCUUAGAGAACAGAUGAGGAAUGCACAGCAAAAAGCUACCGGCUUAGAGUCAAGAUACCCACACCUCACCUUCAAAUACAAAGACCCCACUCCAAACUUUGAUCGCAAUAAAGUUAAAGGAUUGGUGUGCAGAAUGUUCAGAGUGAAGGAUCCCAAGUUUGCUCAGGCUUUGGAAAGUGCAGCUGGAGGAAAGUUGUAUUUUGUCAUAACCGAUAAUGAGGAAACAAGUAAAUUGCUGCUUCAACGAGGCCAACUUCAGCAGAGAUGCACUAUCAUCCCCAUAAAUAGAAUCAAUGGCAGAAGUAUGGAUCAGCGGACUAUUCAGCUUGCUCAGAGAGUGGGAGGUGAAGGUAAAGUUUUCCCAGCCUUGGAUUUAAUUGAGUUUGAACCUGAGCUGCGCCCAGCCAUGGAAUGGGUCUUUGGCCAAGUAUUUAUUUGCGCUGAUGGUGAUGCUGCAUCCAAAGUUACUUAUCAUCAACAGAUUCUCAAGCGCUCUGUCACCUUAGAUGGAGAUGUGUUUGAUCCCGCUGGAACUCUCUCAGGUGGUGUCUCUGGUAACAGACAAGUUAUUUUGACAGUGCUUGAGGAGCUAAGAUCUGCUCAGGAGUCCUUGCAAAGGAACACUCAGGAGUUGGCUAAUGUUGAGCAGAAGGCAAGAAGUGUAGCUGGUUUGGCAGAACGGUUUAAAUCUCUGACUCAGAGGCAUGCUAUGAGAGCUGCGGAAGCAGAUAUGCUGAGACAACAACUUAGUCAGACUGACAGCCAUCAGAUUACUGUUGAUGUAAAAUCUUUGAAAGAAAGAAAAGAUGAAUUGAUUGCUAAAGUUAAAACCUGUGAAACAACCAUCAAAGAAGGACAUCAAAAGGUGAAGAGUAUUGAAGUGAAAAUGAAGGAUGCUAAGUCCAUUCGUGAAAAAGAACUUAAAGCAGCCCAGAGUGAAAUGGACAGAUUGAAGAAGAAAGCUGAAGAAAGUCGCUCUACCUGGAAGAAACAUGAACAAGAUUAUGAGUCAGGAAACUUGGAAAUUGCAGAACUUAAGGCAGGCAUUGAAUCUUGUCAAAAACAAAUUCAAGAGAUCAAUGAUCUCAUCACUAACCUUACCAAGGAAGUGGAGGAGCUUACUUUACGUUUAGAGGAAGCGAAGGGUUCUUCUGAAGAAUUGGAGAAACAGGUAAAAGCAAAGAAGCAUGAAAUUUCCAUUCAAAGUGCUGAAAUUCAUGCAGCUGAAAAUCGUCAAGACCAAAUCAAGAAAUUUCUUGGAGAGUGGGAGUUGGAAAUUAAGCGACUGAAACUUGAAACAGAGAAACUGAAAGCCAGUGCUGCUAACAGUGAGCAAGUGAUGUUGCAACUAUCUGACAAGUAUGAUUGGAUUGAAAAAGAUAAACAUCAAUUCGGGAACCGCGGUGGUCUCUACGACUUCCACGAAAACGACCCCAAAGAAGUUGAAAAAAGACUUUCUAAAUUAGAGGAGACCAAAGAGAAGUUGGGACGCAAUGUGAAUGCUAGGGCAAUGAAUUUGCUAAGCAAAGAGGAAGAACAGUAUGCAGAAGUAUUACGCAAAAAAGGAAUUGUUGAACAUGAUAAACUGCAACUUAAGAAUGUUAUCUCUGAGCUGGAUGAGAAAAAGAAAAAGCGACUCAUGGAAGCAUGGCAGCAGGUCAACAAAGAUUUUGGUUCAAUCUUCAGCACUCUACUACCUGGGUCCAAAGCCAAGCUAAUGCCUCCACCCGGACAAAAUGUGUUGGAUGGAUUGGAGGUCAAAGUUGGGUUUGGCAAUGUCUGGAAGGAAAGUUUAAAUGAGCUCAGUGGUGGACAGCGAUCACUUGUGGCACUUUCUCUUAUUCUUGCCAUGCUUUUGUUUAAGCCAGCACCUAUCUACAUUUUAGAUGAAGUAGAUGCGGCACUAGACCUGUCUCAUACUCAGAAUAUAGGAACUAUGCUUAAAAAACAUUUCACUCAUUCCCAAUUCAUUGUGGUCUCAUUAAAGGAUGGAAUGUUCAACAAUGCUAAUGUGUUGUUCCGAACAAAGUUUGUUGAUGGUAUGUCUACAGUUGUGAGAACAGUACAGCACCACGCUCAAGAUGAGAGUGACAAAACAAAUAGACAGAAACCUGAUAAUGCCACUGCUUCACGGAAUAAUUUUUUUGAGAAUGGCACUCUGCCCGACGGGACAAGAGAAAAGGGGCAGAGUGGAGCAACCGUGAAUGGGUUCUCAAAUGGAAAGGGUAACAAGCAUGCUAAGGCACCUGUUGAUAAUAGGAAAAGACUUCAUGAAAGAAAUGAGAAAGUUGUGAAGCAGAAUGGUAUAGCCAAUGGAGGGUUGUCACAAGAUAGUGAUGAUGAAGAUAUGGAUAUUGGGUCUUAACCUGUCUAAAAACAUUUCUGGGAUAAAUAAUCUUGACACAGUUUUUUGAAGGACCACUUUUUAUAUGAGAGACAUUACAAAUUUUUUGAGUAACAAUUAUUCUUGAUAUGUGUCUAUCUUACCUUCUUAUAGUAAUAAGUCUUACACCUAAUAAGUUUAUAGAUAGGUUUCUCACAAUUUCAACUCUGAUUUUAACUGGAAAAACCAUUUUUACUGUAAAAAUUAAUAAAUAUUGUUUAAGUUGUAAAUUUAUUAAUUAAAAUGCAAGAAUCUCCAA